AUGGUUCAGUUAAAUUUUGAAUGUAAAAUGAAGAAGAUGGUGGAGAGAGAACUUAGUAAAAUGGUUAGUGCCGGCAAAGAACAAAACUUUAAGGCAGCAAGUUCCACCAUUUCUUCGAGAGAGGGGAAUUGGAGGAAAGUUCUAUGGUUAGCAUAUGUAGUUGCUGAUGAGGUGGUGGAGGGAGGGGGGACAUGUGAAAUAUGUCAUUCUGUUGCACGGAACGUUUGUGGGGCAAAUGAGGAGACAGCACAGAGUUUGAGUGACAGCAACAAUGGUACUGCAGCAUCCACAAUCUCAACAGCAGCACCAGAAACUCGAAGAUUUUGGCACGGUGAAUGA